AUGCCGCCGCGGAAAAGAUACUACAGUGGAGGCUGGACCGACGUAAUGGCGAACGGCACCGUUGAUGCGGCGCCUGACUUGCAGCCCCAUGAGAAUUCUGCGUCUCCUACUAAUAAGUUCAACAAAGAAGUUGCAGUUCCUGAGGCCAACCAUGAUUCGGACGCUUCGCUGGACGAAGCAACACCUACCACUGCCGCCACAAAGCAAACGAAUGAAACGAAUGAACCUAAUGGUACAUCGGUACCAGUAGAGCAACCUUCUACAGAGUACUUUCAGCCAUCUCAUCACGGCAGUCCGAAAGGCGAACAAUUCCCCAGACUCAGUCCACAAGGCUUCAGUGGACAGACCGUCAACACGGCACGGUAUGAACCUCCACCUCCACCACAGCGCAACGUCAAUUCGGAACCCUUGGAGACUGUGCAGGAAGGCGUCACUUCUCCGAUACCGUACGAGAGGGAUCUUCAGAAGCUCAUAGGCUACCUGAUCCCAUGUCCGAGACCUCAGUUACCUGAUGGAGUCCCUAGCAUGCCUCAGCGCUUCGUCAUUUAUACUCCUCCUCAUCCUCCAUUUUUGGACAAGCCUGUAGGGGAAAGUCGGACAGACAGCUGGCGCAAAGAAGGCAUUCCGCACUUCUGUCGCCGCAAAUGGACCGAAGAGCUUCGCGAGGCCAAGAUGCGGACACCCAAAGACGGCAAGACGACACGAUGGAAGCGACUCAAGUGGCGAGCCACGAAGGGUACAGAUUGGGGUAUCGACAAGACGAAGACUUCCAAUCUCGAAUUCCUGAACAGGGUCGCGAGGAUGCAGGACUUGAGCAAUGAGAAAGCACCAGAUGUCUACCACAAAGCCGUCAGCCCUGAAGAGAUUGUCUUGGUCUACCCGCCUAAGCUGCUCCCCAACGAAGACCAGGGCGGAUCUGGAGGACAGGAAUUGAAAGAGGAGUUCAUGGGAAGCUUGAAUCGGACCAAGAAGACAGCAUUUCGCAACUCUAUUAUUGCGGCGCUCCUAUUCCCACCGGCCAUCGUCGUCGACACCUUCGCAGUACCCGUCUGGCCCUUUGGCGGUCUAGCAGAGAUCGAUGCCGUCUGGCUCUACGCUAGCGUCAGAGGAGCCAAAACUUCCCACUCUAUCACCAAACGCCUUUCAAUCCCUCCGGACACAAUCGAAUACGCUUCCGCUGACCCCGCCGCGGAAAAGAAACGUAACCUCGAACUCCGCCUGACCUUCAUGCCCUCUCAACAACUUCACACUCUGGAAAAAUACCUAGCCGCCCGUUGUCAUGAGAAGAAUCCCCAAUUGUUCCCGGAAUACGUCGCUCCGCCGAGCGAGAGCCAGGUUAUGGACGCUAUUGGAUGGUCGCAUGUGGAUCCUGUCGAGAGGGGCAAGCCGCUGGAUUGGGAGGAUCGACAGUGGGAGUUGAGGCAGAUGAGGGACGAUGUGGAGAGGUGUUUUGUGAAGGGGGCAGAGGAGUGGGUUGGGGAGGCUAAGAAGUGGGUUAAGAAGGAUAAGAAGGCCGUGAAGAAAGCGGAGAAGAAGGCGGCGAAGGAGGCGAAGAAGGGAGAGGAUGGGAAGGAGAAGGCCGAGUGA